ACCACUUGCAUUGAAUCUCCACCAUCCAGUCCUAACUUUAUCGUCCCACAUUUAACUCGUUACUCAUUCUAAGCAAUUUACAUUAAUUUCUCUAUUACAAUACACCAACCUCAAGUUCUUGUGUAUAAUUUAAUCUUCUGAGUACUUCUCUGGCCUACCCUCUUUAACCUGGGAGGGAAACAGGGAGAGAAAUUUUUGAAACAAUGACUUCUUUUCUCUCUUUUCUCUCCAACACAACUUGGCCAUUUGGUGUUGCCUUUGUUAGAGAUUUUGUCUUUAUAAUUCUAUAAGUUGUUUUGCUGUAGGAUACUGCAGGUGCGUUUGGUUUGGUUUUGGAUUAUGUUUCGUCGGUUUUGUAAUUUGUCGACUUAAAAAGGAGAAAGCUUGUGUUUUGUUUGGCUGGUGAUUGGUUUUGAAGACUAAUGGCUAAUGGAGAAGAGAAAAGCAAUGACUUGUAUGCAGUUUUGGGAUUGCAUAAAGAAUGCACAGAAACAGAGCUGAGAAAUGCCUAUAAGAAACUUGCACUGAGAUGGCACCCAGAUCGUUGUUCAGCUAGGGGAAAUUCAAAAUUUGUUGAGGAAGCCAAGAAGAAAUUUCAGGCCAUUCAACAAGCCUAUUCUGUUCUGUCCGACGCCAACAAGAGGUUUCUGUACGACGUAGGUAUUUAUGACAGUGAUGAUGACGAUCAAAAUGGAAUGGGUGAUUUCUUGAAUGAAAUGGCAUGCAUGAUGAGUCAAACAAAGACUAGUGAAAAUGGAGAGGAGAGUUUUGAAGAAUUGCAGGAGUUUUUUGAAGAGAUGUUUCAAGGGGAUGUUGAGGCACUUGGUUCUAGCUUUCAGAAUAAUAGUUCAUGUUCUACUUCUUCAUCGUCGUAUGCGUCUUACAGAGAUAGUUCAAAUUUAAACAAGCGAAAUUCAUCUGAAAUUACUUCUGGGAAGACAAAUGCAGAGGGUUCCUCUAGUUUCGAUGCUCAUUUUCAGAGUUUCUGUUUUGGGACAGGUGGAACACCAGCAAAAUUUCACGAAGGGGAAAGCAGUAAGAGGAGGAAUUCCAGGAGGAGCCGGCAGUAGCCAAAGUGACAUCAAAAAACAAAAAUUAUCAUCUAGCUGUAAUCUCUCCUUCUAUGAUCAUUCAAGUAUUUCUGCUUCACGGUGCACUAGUUGACAUAUUAUCAAUGAUCGCUAAUCCAACCCCAGCAUUUGGGCAAAACUUACCACAUUAACUGAACCACACAAGAGGUAAACCCAUGGAAGUCCUGAUGACCAAUGCAGAAUCACAGUUGGAGAAACCUUGAAUCAUUGCGUGGAGGAUGCAGAGCACCAGCAGCAGUGAAGCCGAACCAACAUAAGUUGUUUACUUUGACUCUCUUGCUAGAGGGUUUAGUUCAAUAGGGAACAGAUUAUUGUAAGAGCUUAUCAGACAUUUAAUGAUUCAGCUAAGUUUCCUUUAUGUUA